AUGCACAUGGGGACCCGAGGUGUGAGGAUAGAAAGCUUUGAGGAGAGUCUGGAAGAGCUGCUGACCAGAGUGGAUGAAUUUGUGGGAAUGUUGGACAUGAUUCGAAGUGAUUCCUCUCAAGUUGUCAAUGAAAGUCUACCUCAAAUUUACACAAAAGCAACAGAAAUGAGACAUAUAUACAGGAAGAUUGACAAGUUAGAGGCUUUUGUGAAGAUGGUCGGGAACUGUGUGGCUGAAAUGGAAGAACGGGUCACCAAGGCAGAAACAGACUUUGGCACUUUUCCAAGCACCUUCAAGAAAAUCUUGCACACGAUCAGCCUACCAGCCUUCCUUAACAAAUCAGCUUCAUCACGACAGCAGCAGACCCUCUAUGAGCCUCCAACCCUCUUCAAGACUGAAGACUAUUUUCCAUGUGUAAAGGAAGUACCUUAUUCGUGAUCUUUGCUUUGGGCUUAACGAGAAUCAGCUG